CUGUAAAUUUAUUCGUCUCUUUUACAAAUCAAAUCAAAAGCCUCGGUUUGCUCUGUUGUAUACUUUUGCAGACCGAAGAAUUUCUUCAUUUUUAUUGCUAGUUCAUCGGAUUUGUUUGGUCAAACUCCAUCGAUUAUUCUUUUCGUUCUCGAUCUGCCUAAUUCCAAGUAUUUCAGUUAUUUUGAUUCGACCAAUCGGCGUUUUCUCGAACCUAGAUUUCUGGGUUUUGUUUAGUUUGGAAGAUUAGAGUAUUCAAACUCACAAUCAGAAGCUUUCUUGUUAAUUUCUUGAUUCUUAAUCAUCGACAUCACUUUUUGAAGAUAUUUUGGGGUUUCUGGGUAUUAUGGUUGCUGUAUGAGAUGAGCAUAGUGAUACAGAUACCUAUUCAGAUUUCAGAUUCAUUAAAAAAUGGGUUUUCAAGUUGUCGUCUUCUUCAUAGCGAUGAUCGUUCUAGCUUUCCCUGCAGUUUCAAGAAGCAACGGAGGAAAUCCCCAAAAUGUUGCACUCGAUAAUCUCAUCAAUUUGGAGGAAAUCAUGGAUAAAGAUACGGCGGAACUUGUUUGGGCGAAUUGUGAAACAGAAUUGAUGCAUUUAAUCGAAGUUUUUCAAGAUCUUCAUCAAUCUAGUAGUGGCGAUCAUAAAACCCUAGAACAUGAAACGAUUUUGAAAUCGUUAGCUCUUCAGGAUCUUCAAGUCAAGAAGGCAAUUAUAGAUUGCUUGAAUUCGAAAACCCUUACUUUCCCUGAAUCGGGAGAAGAUAAUCAUUCACAGAAAUGGUAUUUUGAUUACUUAGAAUAUUUUCGAUUCGGGUCUACAAGUUCUCGAAGAACGCGCAGGUUAGCAGAGGCAAAUUCCCCUUCUCCUUCUCCGGCUCCGUCUCCGACUCCGUCAGCUGCACCAGCUGAAGCUCCGACAAUCCGGAGACCUCCAACUCCUCCAUUUUUUCCGGCGGAGCCUCUUGACCCUAGUUCCGGUACAACUGGGCAAGCGCCGCCGGUGAAUUCUUUUGGAAACACAGAGUCGAAUAAUGGGAAGAAUGACGAUACACAUAAAAAGAUUAUUAUUGCGGUGGUUGUUACUGCUACGACGACGUUUUUUCUCGCCGGAUUAAUGUUUUGUUGUUAUACAAGAGGUUGGGGUAAACGCCGACAAAACGAUGAAAGGCCUCUUCUGAGUUUGAGUAUGAGUGAUUAUUCUAUUAAUGGUGUUAAUCUUUCAGAUGGGUCGUAUAAACCCUCGUACAAUUUGAAUUCAUCUGUUCAUAAUAUUGGAAAUUCCGGCGAUGAAUUAGUGUAUGGAAAUUCAAAUGUGAAAAUGGAUUCUAGUAUUCCGGUGGGUAUUCCGUUACGACCUCCGCCUGGUAGGGUGGAGUCAUCGUUACAGCCACCGCCUGGAAGGGUUGAGUCUUCUAAACGGUUGUCUGCGAAUGCAGCUCCGGCACCUCCACCUCCAAUGCCUUCUGCUGCUACACCUCCACCGCCUCCUCCUCCAUCUAAAGGAGCAGGACCACCGCCGCCUCCACUUAAAGGACCAGGACCACCGCCGCCGCCACCUAAGCCUCCUGCUCCACGUCCUCCUCCUCCUCCGAGUGGUGGUCCACCUCCACCACGACCGCCGGUUUCAAGCUUAAAACCUCCUCGACCAACCGCCGGAACUAGUAAUUCCGGUGGUGAUGAAACUGAUGCAUCUAAAGCGAAGCUUAAACCGUUCUUUUGGGAUAAAGUUAUGGCGAACCCUGAUCAAUCCAUGGUUUGGCAUCAAAUUAAAUCAGGAUCAUUUCAAUUCAGCGAAGAAAUGAUCGAAACUUUAUUCGGGUAUAACGCCACCGACAAAAACAAAGAUCACACAAGGAAGAAUUCCGCAUCCCAAGAUCCCACUUUCCAAUAUAUUCAAAUCAUCGAUCCAAAAAAAGCUCAGAAUCUGUCUAUUCUCCUAAAAGCAUUGAACGUGACAACCGAAGAAAUCUGUGACGCAUUAAAAGAAGGAAACGAACUUCCGGCGGAGCUUGUUCAAACUUUGAUAAAAAUGGCGCCAACUUCCGAUGAAGAACUGAAGCUCCGUAUGUACAAUGGCGAUCUCUCUCAUCUUGGAACCGCAGAACGUUUUUUAAAACCUUUAAUUGAAAUCCCAUUUGCUUUCAAAAGACUAGAAUCGCUGCUCUUUAUGUGUAAUUUCCAGGAAGAAGAAGCCAUGAUUAAAGAAUCCUUCGUAACUCUAGAGGCUGCUUGCGUAUCACUUAGAAAAAGCCGAUUGUUCCUGAAACUUCUGGAAGCGGUUUUGAAAACCGGGAAUCGGAUGAACGAUGGAACUUUUCGUGGAAGUGCACAAGCAUUCAAACUGGAUACACUGUUGAAAUUAUCAGAUGUUAAAGGAAUCGAUGGGAAAACAACGCUUUUACAUUUUGUUGUUCAGGAGAUUAUCCGAUCCGAAGGUAUAAAAGCUGCCCGAACUACCCGUGAAUCUAGGAGUUUCAAAACCGAUGAUCUUCUCAAAGAAACUUCAUCUUCUUCACAAGAAACAGAAGAGCGUUAUCGUGUUCUUGGCCUUCAAGUGGUGUCUGGUUUGAGCAGUGAGCUUGAGAGUGUUAAAAAAGCCGCCAUUGUUGAUGCAGAUGGGUUGACCAGUUUGGUGUCGAGGCUUGGUCGAGCAUUGGUGAAAUCUCGUGAGUUUUUGAAUACGGAUUUGAAAAAGAUUGAAGAAGAAGACGAGUUUCAGAGAGUUUUGUUGAAUUUUGUGAAGAUCGCAGAGAAGGAGAUUAUGUGGAUGCUUGAAGAAGAAAAGAGGAUAAUGAAUCUGAUUAAGAACACAACCGACUACUUCCAUGGACACUCCGGGAAGGAUGAGGGAUUGAGAUUAUUUGUAAUCGUUCGUGAUUUUUUGAUAAUUUUAGAUAAGGUAUGCAAAGAGGUUAAGAAGGAACCUGUAAAAGUAAAACCACCGACAACAGAGAAGAACGAUGAGUUGCAGGUUGGGACUCCAAGAAAAGGUGAUGACGUGUCUGCCGGAGGUACCUCUGAACCUUCUCGUCAAAAUCCUUUUUCUGAUCACCGGCAAAUGCUAUUUCCGGCGAUUGCUCAGCGACGGGUGGAUAGUUCUAGUUCAGAUGAAGAUUAGGGUUUUAGGGUUUUGUUUAACGACAAUGAUUGAUUCUUUUUUUUUUUUUUCUUUUUCUUUUUUCUCACUUUGAUUGGACUGGACCGCUAAUGUUGUAUAUGAACCGGAAUUCUAUCUCAACUAUUGUAAUAGUAAUAGUAAUACUAUGUGCAUUGAUCAAA